AUGGCUUCAGUAGUAACCUACUAUCUUGUUAUGUGCCUAUUUUUUGCUUGCAUAGCAAUAUAUAACGCUAUUUUUUAUAGUACAUACUCUGCUGAUAAAUGCUAAAUCUAAUAAAUAUCUGAUCCUUCUACGUCUGGAGGAACAAGUACGACAACUACUAAAACAAGUAGCAUUUAAUUAGCAGUAAUCCCAAUAGUAAUCACUAUUUUAUAUUGCAUAAUAAUCUUUCUAACUUUAAUGGGGUUGCUCUGCAUUAGAAAAUUCGAAGCUAUGGAUCCAGAUAGAUUUAGAAAAUUGGGUUGCUGCUUGGGAACAUGCGGUCUUUAUGUUAGAAAUUUGAAGCUAUUGAUAAAUUUUUUACACUGGGUCAUAGCUUUAGUUAUUAUAAUUCAAUUUAUUUUUAUAUUUGGUACAUCUGAUUGCACAAAGGCAGUGCAUUAUUCUUUAGAUCAUCCAUAAGGUGAAGUAGGGAAAAUGUAUGAUGACUCAUAAAUUUUAAAUUAUGCUACUGGAGGAUGUUGGGUUUUCUUCCAUUUCAUUUGUCCAUGCUUUAAGAAGCUUAUUCAUGAACAAGCUUAUAUUUACGAACCCUUAGAUAGUGAUAAGUCUAUCUUUAAACUUAUAUUCUGUGACAUAUUCGGCCCAUGA